UUCAUGAAAAAGAAAAACCCAAGAACAUACCCGCAAAUAUCUCAUGGAGAUUGCUGGUAAGAGCGCCAUAGGCUUGAGUCCACUGAAAUGGGAACGAAUGGAGCGGGCGGAGCUACUGCAAGAGCGAUUUGGCUGCAAGGAGCUGGAAUUCGAGAGAAGCGAUGGAAUCGUUGAGGCACGGCUCAAGCUCGCCUGUGGCUCCGCCGCCACGAUAGCACUGCCGCAAGGCGUGGUUACAUCCUACAAACCGAUAAUGUGGCACGAAUCUCAGGAAGAAGUCCUCCACUCCAAGAGAUUUCCACUGCAAGGGGGCUGCUGCGCCUACAAAGGAGGAAUCCGCGCGUCAGUGGCAAGAAUCCCAGAAGUAGAAGAUGGUGAAGAAACCAAGCGCGCAAACAAUCCUCCAUUGUCAUGGAUCGUCAAUGGAGUCUCAAGAGCUCCCAACAAAUGGGUCAAGAUCACACUGGGCUCUGGCCUGCCAAAUCUCAAGCUCAAGAACAGCGUCACGCUCUCCAAGCAGCAGCUUCAAUCCACCUUGUCGAUCGAAAACACUGGCAAAGUUCCCUGCUGCUUCCACGCAUCCAUCGCCACUGCGGUCGAGAUUGGCGACUUGGCUGGAGCUUACGCGAUGGGCCUGCUGGGAACCAACUUCCUGUCCCUGGGAGACGAAUCCAUCGCCGAAAACACCACCGCUGGCGAAGAGCAGGGCCCCCGGAUCUUUGAGAAACUUGCAGUGCUGCUCAGUGGAGGAUCGUACAAGCGCCCGGAGAGAGAAUCCCAGCAAGGCGACGAGAGCUUUGUCGGCAAAGAUGGUCGGCUCUGGCACCGCCACUGCUCCGAGAUGGCUCCACUAGCACCUGGAAUGAAUCGCCUCUACUUCAUGUCCUCGAUGCCGUGGACGCUGCUAGAUCGAGGAAAGCGCCGCUCGUUCACCUUCCAGAAAUCGGGACUGAGGUAUCUGAACCUCUCCAAUCCGGGGCCAGAGUCGCAGGAGGAAGACUGGAAAAAGUUUGUGCUGCUAGGCCCAACUUCGGGUGAAAAGCCGCUGUGCGUAGAGCCUGGACAGACUUGGAUCACUGAGCAAGUCAUCGAAAACACUGGCAUCUAAGAAACUUGACAGCGUACCCCUCUUCUUGUUACGGGAUGAUCCGAGCUGCCCGCAUUCGAUCGAUCACUCGUGUCAGUGACGCUUCCGUGUCUCUGCUGCCGUUGAAUCCAAACUCCCGGCAUUUGCUAUUGCUGCU